GGAAAAAUGGAGUGAUCUUUCUGUAGAGAGAUACGAGAUACCGAUAAUUUCACUGUUAAAUUGGAGAGUGUUGAAUUAUUCGGAACCAAUCUUCUCGUUUUGUUCGAUUCGAUCUCUCAAUCUUGUAAAUUCUGCUGCAAAGUUUCUUCGGUGUCAAGCUCAAUGGAUACAGAACUGAAUUCACCUCCUCAUGGUGAUGGCGAUACCACGGCUGCUUUCCGAAAGCCCUCUAAUGAUGGGGCUAGCAGAAAAUAUCGCCACCGAGCUUUAGCUGACGAUGGCUCAUCUUCAUCUGAUGAAAGUCCUGAACGUAAUCAGAGUCAUCAUUCUAGGAGAGAUAUUAGGAAAGACUCUGAACCUCUUCAGCCGAGGAAAGAGGAUAAGCGGGAAUAUGAACGCAGUCGAUACGGUAGAGCUGAUUCACACAGACACGAUAGGUACUCUAGAGAUAGUAAAUAUGGAUCCAAACGUGAUGAGUACACCAGACAUGAGCGUGAUGCACCUCGCUCUAGCUGUGAUUCAUGGGGUCUCCGUAAAUCUGACCGUAGAAGAGCAGAGACUGAACGUAGUAGUAGGUCCAGAAAUGAUCCAGACAGACGUGCCCGUGAUAAGUAUAGCAACUCUGGACAUAGUGUCAAUAGUGAUGAUAAAGGUGAAGAUUUUUCAUUUGGUACGAGAUACGCAGACUCAAAAAUGGAGGAUAAAGGGAAGGAUUAUGUGCCAGGGAGAGAUUUUCAAGGCGAGAAAAGAGACUCCCGCUGGAAUUUUGGUGACCGCCAUUCCCGCAAUGAAAGAAAGGAACAUGAUGACCCUGAGAUUAGCAAGGAGAAAGAUGUUCAUGUCAAAUCUCCAAGAGAUCGCCCUGAUGGGAAAUGUUUGGCAACUGAGAAUCGAGAUACACAUUCUAAGAAACUGAAGGGCUUCAUUUCAGAGAAGUUCACUCAUGGCAGUAGUAAUGAAGAGAAGCAGACAUCAAUCUUAAAGCCUUCACCUGGUGAUGUUGAUGCUGCCAAAGUUGCAGCUAUGCAGGCUGCUGAGUUAGUGAACAAAAACCUUGUUGGAACGGGUUACCUGACAACAGAUCAGAAGAAGAAAUUAUUGUGGGGAAAGAAGAAAAGCACAGCAACGGAAGAGGUUGCUCAUCGUUGGGAUAGUGCCAGUGCGCUAAUUGGUGACCCUGAACGACAAGAAAAGUUCAACAAACUUAUGGGUGUGAAAGCGAGUACAGUAAACCAAGAGCAGAACCUGAGCGAAGUCGAGUUGGAGAAGCAGAAAGAGUUGCAGAUAGAUUUAGAGAAGCAGUACACAGCGGGAUUAAGGAGGAGAGAUGGACGAACCGUAGGGUUAGGUCUUUGAUCCUCGUUGGUAAAUUGCCAUCGUACUCCUGUCUCCUUGGAAGGAAUCUUUUGGCAUCUCCUUUUUGUUGUACUCUACUACUCUUGUUGAAGCCCGUAAUCAUGAU